AUGAGAGAAAUGUCCAGCUCUGUGCCGAGUGGGCAGCAGCCUCCCAAACACUAUGGCAUCACCUCUGCCAUCAGCCUGGCUCCUCCUCGGGACAUAGACCACCAGUACACCCAGAAACUGUGCGACGCCAUGAAGCCCUUUGGAGUGUUCGAGGACGAGGAGGAGCUCAACCACAGACUCGCCGUUCUUGGGAAACUAAAUAAUUUUGUGAAAGAAUGGAUCGCGGAGAUCAGUGAAGCAAAGAAUCUCCCGCCUUCUGCCAUCAGUUGUGUUGGGGGAAAAAUCUUCACGUUUGGUUCCUAUCGCCUCGGGGUCCACACUAAAGGAGCUGACAUAGACGCAUUGUGUGUGGCUCCGCGUCACGUAGAGAGGACAGACUUUUUCCUCUCGUUUAUGGAGAAACUGAAGCAGCUCGAGGAAAUCAAAGACCUGCGGGCUGUUGAAGAUGCUUUUGUUCCCGUCAUAAAGUUUAAAUUUGAUGGAAUCGAGAUCGAUCUGCUGUUUGCUCGGCUCGCUCUUCAGUCCAUCCCUGAUAACCUGGACCUCAGAGGAGACUCUAUCCUCCGAAACCUCGACAUCAGAUGCAUCCGCAGCCUCAACGGCUGCAGAGUCACUGAUGAAAUCCUGUAUCUCGUGCCAAACAAAGAGAACUUCAGGCUCACGCUGAGAGCCAUUAAACUGUGGGCGAAACGGCGGGGCAUCUACUCCAACAUGCUGGGGUUCCUGGGAGGAGUGUCGUGGGCGAUGCUUGUGGCCAGGACCUGCCAGCUUUACCCCAACGCUGUGGCGGCGACACUCGUCCACAAAUUCUUCCUCGUCUUUUCAAAAUGGGAGUGGCCGAACCCUGUGCUCUUGAAACAGCCCGAGGACAGUAAUCUGAAUUUACCCGUGUGGGACCCUCGAGUGAACCCUUCAGACAGAUACCACUUGAUGCCAAUCAUCACGCCCGCCUACCCUCAGCAAAACUCCACCUACAACGUGUCCACAUCCACGCGCACCAUCAUGAGCGAGGAGUUCAAAUUCGGUCUUGGUGUCACAGAUGAAAUCCUCUUGGGGAAAACUGACUGGUCCAAACUAUUCGAACCGCCAAACUUCUUCCAGAAAUACAAACAUUACAUCGUCCUCAGUGCCAGUGCGUCCACAGAAGAUAAUCACUUAGAAUGGAUCGGGUUGGUGGAGUCAAAGAUCAGAGUGUUAGUGGGGAAUCUGGAGAGAAACGAGUACAUAAACCUGGCUCAUGUGAAUCCUCAGUCCUUCCCCAACUCCAAGGAGAACCACGAAAACGACUACAUGUCUAUGUGGUUCAUUGGAAUCCUCUUCAAGAAAGUAGAAAACGCGGAAAGUGUAAACAUUGACCUGACGUACGACAUCCAGUCCUUCACAGAUACUGUUUACAGACAAGCGAAUAACAUCAACAUGCUGAAGGACGGCAUGAAGAUCGAAGCCACACACGUGAAGAAGAAACAGCUGCAUCAGUAUCUGCCUCCAGAGCUGGUGCAGAAGAAGAAGAGGAGCAUAGCAGAGUUGAACCGCAGCUCUAAUGGUGGUGGCUCUAAGCGCCUCUCUCUGGACAGCAGUCACCUGGACUCCUCCACAAACACAGAAUCUGGGACCCCCCUCACCUCGCCGGCCUCCAAACCUCUCAAACCCCCCUCCGACACAGACGACGGAGUGACUCCCUCCAAACAGCUGUUUGGGGAGAGCUCUCCAGUCUCUGCAGCUGAGGCUCCUCCAGCAACAGAGCAGACUUCAAACAGCCCGGAGCCCACAGCAGAUCCUGAAGGGACCCCCCCUAAAACCCCCUCUCCGCCUCCAUCUGCGCUGGAGCUGAAGCCGGACGCAGCCAGCAGCCCCAAACCAGAGACUCAGGGACCAGAGGAGGAGUCUGUGAACGGAGCCGCACCCAAACGCCCUCAUUCCCCCACUCAGGAAGAGAUCAGCAAGAGACUCAAAGACGAGGCAGUGUCCAACGACGAUGCGACGUUCAAAGAGCCUUAUCCUCCUUCAGACGUCUGCGCAGAAGGAACGAAUGUUAAUUCCGCCCCAAAAGCAAAACCCAUUCCAACACUGGAUACCUCAAGGACACAGAGACUUCCGAGUAUGGAGCUUCCCGACGCCUCCUCUCCUCUCCCGGCCAGUAACAGCUGUAGAGUCGUCAAGAACUCCAUCAAACUGGCUCUGAACCGACACAACAUCACACCUCCGAAGCCGCCAGUGUUCGAGACUCCUCCCCCCAAAGAAGACCCGCCUCCUACCACCGCCGCCACUCAAGUCUCUGCUCCGGUUGCAGAGAAGGGCAUGUCCAUCCCUGUCAUCGGCUCCAAGCAUGUGUCAAAGCUGGGCCCUCAGUCAGUGGGCAGCUCUAUUCCCACACUGGUCAGUCGAGGACCAGAUCCCCUGAACGGAUCCAAACGACCGCACUCUCCGUCGCUGGAGGAACAGGCCAAACGCAUCAAGGAGACGGAAAAGGCCCGGAUCCACAUCGCCUGA